UACAGGUGUGGACAAUAGAAUACAAAAGUUGGCAGUAUGUAUCUAAAAUACGGUUUCGGUGAACCAGGAUUAAAACUGAGAUUUCCUGGCUCUUUAGCCAGUCUGUUCCUUUUGGUGUCCUAGGAUCAUCUGAAAAAAACAGUAUUAAUGACAAACACUUAUACAGAGCUCUUACUAUCUGGCAUAAGGGCUACUUGUUCAGAAAUUAUUUUGAGGCAAGAAGUUUUGAAAGAUGGUUUCCACAGAGACCUUUUAAUAAAAGUGAAAUUUGGAGAAAGCAUUGAGGACUUACAGACCUGCCGACUCUUAAUUAAACAGUACAUCCCGACGGGACUUUUUGUGGAUCCAUAUGAGUUGGCUUCAUUAAGAGAGAGAAACAUAACAGAGGCAGUGAUGGUUUCCGAAGACUUUAAUAUAGAAGCUCCCAAUUAUUUGUCUAAGGAAUCCGAAGUUCUUAUUUAUGCCAGACAAGAUUCACAGUGCAUUGAUUGUUUCCAAGCUUUUUUGCCUGUGCACUACCGCUAUCAUCGGCCACAUAGUAAAGAUGGAGAAACCUUUAUUGUGGUCAAUAACCCUGAUUUAUUGAUGUAUUGUGACCAAGAGUUUCCAAUUUUGAAAUGCUGGGCUCAGUCACAAGUGGCAGCUCCUUGUGCUUUGAAGAAUAAGGAUAUAUGCCAGUGGAACAAUAUGAAAUACAAAUCAGUAUAUAAGAAUGUGACUCUACAGGUUCCAGUGGGACUAACUAUACAUACCUCCUUAGUGUGUUCUGUGACUCUGCUCAUUACCAUCCUGUGUUCAACUCUGAUCCUUGUGGCUGUUUUCAAAUAUGGCCAUUUUUCCCUAUAAGUUUUGUGGAGCUUAAUGCUUCCCAUAAACCUAAAUAAGACCUAUUUACUUGCGAUCAGAAGUGUUCUUCUAGGGGUGCCUGAGUAGCUCAGUUGGUUAAGUGGCUUCCUUCAGUUCAUGAUCUCAGGGUCCUGAG